AUGUCGCAAUACACAAAACAAACUUGGUCUAGGAAUGACGACUCCAGCUUUUCAGCCCACCCAACUGUUCAGAAGAGCAUAUACUUGUACGACCCCAUUGUGCUCAGCGAGGCGCAUUUAGAGGCUAUCGGCGCCACUCCUAUCGAAGACGGCACUUUUACGUUCUUGCUUUCGCAUUUGAAGUACGACCCCGAGAGCCGGACCAUCUCUAGAGAGGUCCUCACUGCCUCAAAAGAGGACUGGGAGAUGACCAUCGAUGAUCAUGUAAAGUCUUUGGAAGCUACUGCCAAUUUGGGCGAUGACCUUUCUCUGGGGCUCAAACCUGGUGACAGUGAAAGCUGGCUACAGCUAGCUUUUGAGAACGGAGAUACUGAAGCGCUGAUGAUCAAAGAGGACGAGGAAUUCGCGAAUCUGAAGCUCGGGGUAGAUGUUGAUGUGGUUGAAGGUAUUCAGCUUGUACACCCGAGCAAUGCGAGUCGUAUGGAAGAGCUCUUGGCGUGGGCGCUGGAUCUGGAGGAGUCGCAAGGUAGUCGUCCUGAGCACACGUCUCAGGUGGGGCGUCCGAAGAUGUUGAAAAACACUCUUGUCUAG